GCCCGCGCGCCGAGAGCGCCCUGGGACCGCCCGCUGGCGCGCGCCUGGCCGUUCGGGCUCCAUCCGCGUUCUCGGCCGCUUCCCUCUGCUUUCUCCGCCUCUCGGCCUCCGCACCGACUCUGCUGGCGCUGGAGCGGAGCCGGAGCCCGAGCCGCGGAGACGUGGAAACAUGGAGGCCUGAGCCGGCUUGCGCCACCCGGCUUCCCUGACGCGCCUGCCCGCCGCCCGCCUGCCGUGCGUGGGGGGACGCGGAGCUCCGGCCGGCGGAGACAGGUUGUCCUGUGGAAAUGAAGGUGUAGAGCCCACAUUAGAAGAUGGGGUCAAAUAGCAGCAGGAUCAGUGAUCUUCCUAAAAAUGAGUAUUUAAAAAAGUUAUCAGGCACAGAAUCUGUCUCUGAGAAUGACCCGUUCUGGAAUCAACUUCUGUCAUUUUCUUUCCCUGCACCAACUAGCAGCACUGAGUUGAAACUCUUGGAGGAGGCAACCAUUUCAGUCUGCAAGUCUUUAGUUGAAAACAAUCCUCGAACAGGAAAUCUUGCUGCACUAAUUAAGGUCUUCCUUUCUAGAACCAAAGAACUCAAACUUUCAGCAGAAUGUCAGAACCACCUCUUCAUUUGGCAGACACAUAAUGCUUUGUUUAUUAUUUGCUGUUUGCUGAAAAUAUUCAUCUGUGAGAUGUCAGAGGAGGAGUUACAACUUCAUUUUACUUAUGAAGAGAAAUCUCCUGGCAGUUACAGUUCGGAUUCAGAAGAUCUUUUGGAAGAACUGCUCUGCUGUUUGAUGCAGUUAAUCACUGAUAUUCCACUUUUAGACAUUACAUAUGAAAUAUCAGUGGAGGCCAUAUCAACAAUGGUUGUUUUCCUUUCCUGCCAACUCUUCCACAAAGAAGUUUUGCGACAGAGCAUCAGUCACAAGUAUUUGAUGCGAGGUCCAUGUCUUCCAUAUACCAGCAAACUUGUGAAAACCUUGUUGUAUAACUUUAUCAGACAAGAAAAGCCACCACCUCCAGGAUCCCAUGUUUUCCCUCAGCAGUCAGAUGGAGGAGGACUGCUCUACGGACUGGCAUCAGGAGUAGCAACUGGACUCUGGACUGUCUUCACACUAGGCGGUGUGGGCAGCAAAGCAGCUGCCUCCACAGAGCUUCCCUCUCCUCUCGCCAACCAGAGUCUCCUGCUUCUGCUGGUGUUGGCUAACCUGACAGAUGCUCCAGACACACCAAAUCCCUACAGACAGGCCAUUAUGUCCUUUAAGAACACGCAAGAUAGCAGUUCUUUCCCCUCGUCAAUUCCACAUGCCUUCCAGAUUAACUUUAACAGCUUGUACACAGCCCUCUGUGAACAGCAGACAUCUGACCAAGCAACGCUUCUCUUGUACACUCUGCUCCAUCAGAAUAGUAAUGUCAGAACAUAUAUGUUGGCUCGUACGGACAUGGAGAAUCUUGUUUUACCAAUUCUUGAGAUUUUGUAUCAUGUUGAAGAAAGAAAUUCACACCAUGUAUAUAUGGCCCUUAUAAUAUUGCUGAUCCUUACAGAAGAUGAUGGCUUCAAUAGGUCCAUUCAUGAAGUGAUAUUAAAAAAUAUUACUUGGUAUUCAGAACGGGUUUUAACUGAAAUUUCACUGGGGAGUCUCCUGAUUCUGGUUGUAAUAAGAACCAUUCAAUACAACAUGACAAGGACGAGAGACAAGUACCUUCACACAAAUUGUUUGGCAGCUUUAGCAAAUAUGUCGGCACAGUUUCGUUCUCUCCAUCAGUAUGCUGCCCAGAGGAUUAUCAGUUAUACCUGCCGCCACUUGCGGAGAUAUGUUUAUAUGUUGGACAAACUGUAUUUCCCCCACUCCCACUGUUCUACGCUUCAGCAUUGCUUCUCGGCCCUCAGUGACAAUGGAGAGGAACUCUUGUCUUUAACUUGCUCUCACAUUCUCAGAUCCUAUGCCGCCAGUUUGUUUUCUUUGCUAUCUAAAAAGCACAACAAAGUUCUGGAACAAGCCACACAGUCCUUGAGAGGUUCACUGAGUUCCGAUGAUGUUCCUCUACCAGAUUAUGCACAGGAUCUCAAUGUUAUUGAAGAAGUGAUUCGAAUGAUGUUAGAAAUCAUCAACUCCUGCCUGACAAAUUCUCUUCACCACAACCCAAACUUGGUGUAUGCACUGCUUUACAAACGGGAUCUCUUUGAACAGUUUCGAACUCAUCCUUCAUUUGAGGAUAUAAUGCAAAAUAUUGAUCUGGUGAUCACCUUUUUUAGCUCAAGGUUGCUACAAGCUGGAGCUGAGCUGUCAGUGGAACGAGUCUUGGAAAUCAUUAAGCAAGGGAUUGUUGCACUGCCCAAAGACAGACUAAAGAAAUUUCCAGAAUUGAAAUUCAAAUAUGUGGAAGAGGAGCAGCCUGAGGAGUUUUUCAUCCCAUAUGUCUGGUCUCUGGUCUACAACUCAGCAGUGGGCCUCUACUGGAACCCACAGGACAUCCAGCUGUUCACAAUGGAUUCCAACUGAGGCAGGGCACACUCCUGCCCACCCCCCAGCCAAACAGCCCUGCUAGUUAUUUUAUUCAGGGGAACAGAAGCAGACAUCACCUGGUGUGUCUUCCAUCAGAGAGGAUCACAUGGGUGUUCCCCUCUCACACUUGGGAGAAUUGAUGCCAGUGGGCCAUAGAUCACUCAGCUUAGAUUGUAGCGCAGGGAGGAGGGUGUGCACAACAAUAAUAAAUGUAAAAUCUGCUACUCAA